AUGAAAUAUAUCGUAGCCGUCUUUAUGUUGGUUUGCUUGAUGAUACAAUAUGGCCAGUGUGAGCGAUUUACUUCAACUCUGUAUGGCGCUACCAACCGAGCCUUACUGAAUCAUGGGUUUCGGUGGAAGACUGCAUCUUCUCCUGUGAUCUGUGGGCGAGACUGCUCUAUGGAUCCACAGUGUGCAUCAUUCAACUACCAAACAGAUAACUAUGUUUGCGAAUUGAAUAACGUCACCAGAGCACAACACCCUGGUAACUUUAUCGAAUUGCAAGGAAGUGUCUACUAUGAUGAAAAGGCGGACACUCUUUCAUUUAUUGUUUCCGGUUUAAAGAGUAGCAGCAGUUGUCUGGAGUUGUAUCAAGCUGGUUACCGAAGCAAUGGCAUAUACACCAUCUUUCCUACAAAUCUGAUUGAUGGGUUACAGGUUUACUGUGAUAUGGAGUCAGAUGGAGGAGGCUGGAUCGUGCUCCAGAGGAGACAAAAUGGCUCCGUCGACUUUUACCGUAACUGGACUGAAUACCAAUCUGGGUUUGGUGAUCUGCAGAAUGAGUUCUGGUUGGGGAAUGACAUCCUGCGUGACCUUACUGGAUCAGGACAAUGGGAGCUCAGAGUGGAUAUGGAAGAUUUAGAGUCCAAUACCGCUUGGGCUUUUUACGGUGAGUUUGCUGUUACAGGUGACAACUACACUCUCCAUGUCGGUUCAUAUGAUGCUCAGAGUACAGCAGGUGACUCAAUGACAUCACAUAAUGGAAGUCAAUUCAGUACAAAGGACCAGGACAAUGAUGCAAGUGACUCAAUGAAUUGUGCGGUGAGAUACAAGGGUGCCUGGUGGUAUUUUUCAUGCUUUCAUUCUAACCUGAACGGAGAAUACUUCAAACCGGCUGAUUUGAGGAUAAACGGACACGGAAUAACAUGGCAGGCCUGGAAAAGCUUAAACUCCCUGAAGAAAUGCAGCAUGAAAAUACGGCAAGUGAUAUAA